CGCGAGCGCCGUUCGAUGUUAAGGUGAUUAGUUGAUGGUUUCUAAAUUGGGAUUUUCUCGGUGGUUGGAGGGUGAUGCACUGGCGUAUCCCUGCGGUUGCCUAGUAACGCGCUGGCAGUGGGCGCCGUAGAGAGAUCUCUAUGGUGGGCGCUCCAUUAAAACCGUUGGCGAUCCUGACCUUGGCGUCGUGAAUGCGCAACGCACGCAGCCCGCGCGAAGCAGGAGAUAAGAGUGGAGAUCCGCGCGUUUGAUGCCGAAGCCGCGGAAAUAUUUCACGCACACGCUCCAUUGUCGAAAGUGACGGGCAUGGUUAGGAGGAAAUCUCGAGAUGGAGCGCGUAUCUCCUUCUGUGAAAGCAGAUCUUAGUGCGCUGCUAUGAGAAGCGGGAGCGGGAGCGGCCCAUACCUGGCGUAGGUGCACCCGGACUCGAGCGUCAUCACAGUCAAGGCCACAGAGGGUGAUGUCUGUUUGACACAGUCGCUGCAUCGGGACUAAGCAGACACCACAGUGUGCGUUUGUGUUGUGCAAAGGGCGCUGCCUUGCCCAGACCAUGUGGCUGGCUACGUUCAGAGACCACCUGUUGCCCGCGCACCUGCUCCAUCAGCAAGGGACUGUAACCAUCACCCACUGUGCUCUUCUCUGGUGGAUAUUAUGUUCCUGCUGGUCGUUCACCAAGGCGACGAGCCAGCGAUUCUACCCCACGGUGACCACCCAGUUUGGGAAGCUGCGAGGCCUCAGGGUUCCCGUGCCCAGCGAGGUGCUGCGGCCCGUGGACCAGUACCUGGGGGUGCCCUACGCCGCUCCGCCCGUGGGCGAGAAGCGCUUCAUGCCCCCCGAGCAGCCGUCCUCAUGGUCAGGAGUCAAGAACGCCACUCACUUCAUGCCCGUGUGCCCCCAGAACAUCCACAACACCGUGCCAGAGAUCAUGAUGCCCAUAUGGUUCACCUACAACCUGGACACAGUAGCCACAUACAUUCAAGACCAGAGCGAGGACUGUUUGUACCUGAACAUCUACGCUCCGACAGAGGACGGGAGCCAACACAAGAAAAAGGGAGCGGCGUUCUCUCACGCUGAGACUCAUAUAUCUGAAGAUAUAAGGGACUCCGAGGCUCGGCCCGUGAUGGUCUACAUCCAUGGAGGCUCCUAUAUGGAGGGCACUGGGAACAUGAUGGAUGGCAGCGUGCUGGCCAGCUAUGGGAACGUGGUCGUCGUCACGCUUAACUACAGGAUUGGAAUAUUAGGCUUCCUCAGUACCGGUGACCAGGCAGCAAAAGGAAACUACGGGCUCCUGGACCAGAUCCAAGCUCUCCGCUGGAUCAGUAAGAACAUCGGUUACUUUGGAGGAGACCCAGGUCGCAUCACUGUGUUCGGAUCUGGGAUCGGUGCAUCUUGCGUCAGUUUGCUGACACUGUCCCAUCACUCAGAGGGUUUGUUCCACAGAGCCAUCAUUCAGAGCGGCUCGGCCCUGUCCAGCUGGGCCGUCAACUACCAGCCGGUCAAGUACACUCGCAUGCUGGCCGAGAGGGUUGGCUGCAACGUGCUGGACACCAUGGAGAUGGUCUCGUGCCUGCAGAAGAAGAGCGCUAAGGAGCUGGUGGAGCAGGACAUCCAGCCCGCCCGGUACCGCGUGGCUUUCGGGCCCGUCAUCGACGGAGACGUCAUCCCGGACGACCCGGAGAUCCUCAUGGAGCAGGGCGAGUUUCUCAACUACGACAUCAUGCUCGGGGUGAAUCAGGGAGAGGGCCUGCGCUUCGUGGAGAACGUGAUGGACCUGGAGGAUGGCGUGUCCGGCAGCGACUUUGACUUUGCCGUGUCAGACUUUGUGGACAGUUUGUACGGCUACCCGGAAGGGAAGGACACACUGAGGGAGACCAUUAAGUUCAUGUACACAGACUGGGCUGACAAGGACAACCCGGAGACCAGGCGAAAGACCCUGGUGGCUCUCUUCACCGACCACCAGUGGGUGGAGCCCUCGGUGGUCACGGCAGACCUCCACGCUCGCUACGGCUCCCCUACCUACUUCUACGCCUUCUACCACCACUGCCAGAGCCUUAUGAAGCCGGUGUGGUCCGACUCAGCCCACGGGGAUGAGGUGCCUUACGUGUUCGGCAUCCCCAUGGUGGGCCCCACUGAUCUGUUCCCGUGUAACUUCUCCAGGAACGACAUCAUGCUCAGCGCCGUGGUUAUGACUUACUGGACCAACUUCGCAAAGAGCGGGGAUCCUAACAAGCCGGUGCCGCAGGACACCAAGUUCAUCCACACCAAAGCCAACCGCUUUGAGGAGGUGGCCUGGUCCAAGUACGACCCCUACGACCAGCUGUACCUGCACAUCGGCCUGAAGCCCCGCAUCCGCGACCACUACCGCGCCACCAAAGUGGCCUUCUGGAAGCACCUGGUGCCUCAUCUCUACAACCUCCACGACAUGUUCCACUACUCCUCCACCACCACCAAGGUCACGCCGCUCGACCCCACGCAGUCCAACGGCAAGCGCUCGGGCAGCACGGGGCGGGCGCCCGUGUCCACCGCACACAGCGAGGGCGGCCGCGAGAUGGGCCCCCUCAUCAUGCCCAACCCCAGGGACUACUCCACGGAGCUGAGCGUCACCAUCGCCGUCGGGGCGUCGCUGCUCUUCCUCAACGUCCUGGCCUUCGCCGCCCUGUACUACCGCAAGGACAAGCGCAGCCGCCAGGACACGUCCCAGCAGCCGAGCCCCCAGCGCGACGCCAAGGGCAACGGCACGGGCCACGCCGCCACCGUGGACGAGACGCUGUCGUCCCAGAGGAACCAGUGCGAGGCCCUCCACAACCCGCUGCACGUCUCGCCCAGCCUGGAGUACUCGCUGGGGCAGCGGCGCUCCCCAGACGACAUCCCCCUGAUGACGCCCAACAACAUCACCAUGAUUCCCAACUCCCUCAUGGGCCUGUCCAACAUGAGUCCAUACAGCACCUUCCCCGCCGGCUACAGCUCCGCAGGCCUGCCGAGCACCCACUCCACCACGCGGGUAUAGCCUGGCGGGCGAGGGAGGCGAGCGCUGGGACGGAUGCUGAAGCGGAAUGUAAAGUUGUAUUUAGGAUGUAUAGAUUAAAUAGGAAUUGAAUAUGUUCUGUUCUGUUGUUUCCAAAGGUGCACAACCACCAACAUCCUGCCUUCGCUCUCUCAUAAUGGGAAGUCUAACUGCAAAGUCAUUUUAUAAUAAUCACUUUCAAAGGCAUUGAAAAAGAAAAAGUGCAUUUCAUUUUCACUUUGGCUUUUUUGGAACUUUACCUAGCAAGAACUUAGUAUAAUGUUUAUACAGUUGGAUUUGUAUGGGAAGCUUUUUCUUACUCUGUGAUAUCUAUUUUGAUCUUGUGGAACAAAGUGACAUUUCAACUCAUGGUGGACAAAGAUGAGAUCUGGAAAAAGCUGAAAAGCAGUAUUACUAUUACUAUUAUCAAGCUAUUUUAUACAUAUUUCUCAUGGUACAUUGCUUAUUAUGAAAAUGUAUUUUUACUGUAAUUACUUUCAAACGUCUCGUAACUCAGAUAAGUAAUAACUGUGGGAUCGUGGACGGCGGUUUUGCUCGAGUACUGGUCACGAGCAACAAAGGACGGGUGGAAGGGAAGCGUUUCUAUCUGGAAGAGCAGAGUGCAGGCCUCCUGUGUGUGUGUGUGUGUGUGUGUGUGUGUGUGUGUGUGUGUGUGUGUGUGUGUGUGUGUGUGUGUGUGUGUGUGUGUGUGUGUGUGUGUGCGUGUGUGUGUGUGUGUGUGUGUGUGUAUAUGUGUGCGUGUCUGUGUGUGUGGGUGUGUGUGUGUAUGUGUGUGUGCGUGUAUGUGUGUGUGCGUGUAUGUGUGUGUGCGUGUAUGUGUGUGCGUGUCUGUGUGUGUGGGUGUGCGAGGGAGAAGUGUGCUACCGAGAUGUAAAUUAGGCAGCGUGUCAAACGAACCAUUGAGGUUUGCAUAUGUGGUGUUGUGUAAUCUAUUGUAGUCUAUUUGAGUAUCCUUGCUAUUUUUCCCUUUCCUGUGUCCAUAAUCUUUGCUUAAUAAAUACACUCCACCUGUAACUUCUGCUUCACUCUCCGAACCCAUUUGCUUCGACCGUGUUUCUUUUGGCUUCGCUUGUUUGUACAGAAUAAACUUAGACCGACUUUUUCUUUGUUGUUUGUUUAUGAACACUGUAAGGUCUCUGAGAAGUUAACUGUAAUUAAAUUGUACUUGUAUGUAACCAACUCAGUUACUCGCAUUUUAAAAUGAGUUUCAUGAAACCUUCACAUUAUUAUCCGGCCCUGUCAUACCAACAUAUAUCCAGGGGUCGUCCCUCGCUGAAUGGACAUGAUGGACAUUUGAUUUAAACCUAUCAUAUUGUUGUUUAAUCGAAAUAAGACGACUAUUAAAAGAUUUUUGGAACUAA